AUGACAGUAAUCCAUUUACUUCUUCUUCUUGCGCCUUUAUCAUCAUCAAUAACUACAAGUUUCGAACAAUUUGGCCUCAAACUUUAUUCAACUGUUAGUCAAAAUAAGAAGAAUGAAAAUAUAUUUCUUUCACCAGCAAGUAUUUCUCUUGCAAUGUCAACGUGCACAGUUGGUGCUCGACAAGAAACAUUAAAUCAAAUGUUAAAAACAUUUGAAGUGUCAUCUACAAAACAAUUAAUAGAAACAGCUGAACAAGUUAUGCAUAUCUUUUCUAUUGCUAAUCAAGAUAAACAAAUUCAACUUAAAUUAGCUAAUUGUCUUUAUGCACAAAAAACAUAUCAACUUCAAGAAGAGUAUUUAAAAAUUAUUCAAAAUUCAUUUAAAGCAGAUAUUAAACUUGAAGAUUUUCAAAAUGAAGGUGCUCAAGCUGUUCAAAGAAUUAAUGCAUGGGUGGAACAACAAACAAAUAAUUUAAUUCGAAAUUUACUUUCAAUAAGAGAUGUGAUACCUAAUACAAGAUUAAUAAUUAUUAAUAAAUUUAGUAAAGAUUUAACAAAUGCUGAUUUUCAUGAAGCGAAUGGUAAAAUUUCUAAAGUAGCAUUAAUGCAUCAACGAGAGAAAUUUUUUUAUGCUAAGAAUAACGAUUUACAUAUACAAAUUGUUCGUAUACCAUAUAAAAAUGUUGUGGAACAAAACUUAGCAUCACAACCUGAUUUAAUGCAAAAAUUAUUGAGUCAUCAAAAUAUAAGAACAGAAGAACUUCAUUUAUAUUUACCAAAAUUUAAAAUGGAAGCUACUUUUGAAUUAAGUGAUAUGCUUCAACAACUUGAAAUUAAAGAUGCAUUCAGUAGUCAGAAAGCAAAUUUUGCAGGUAUCAUUAGUGAAAAAAAUAAUCAAAAUCGUUUAUACAUUAGCAAGGUUAUUCACAAAACGUUUAUUGAUGUAAACGAACAAGGAUCAGAAGCAGCAGCAGUAUUACUGCAUCAACUCUGGGAAAAAACAGGUAUUCCAGAAGAAGGUAUUCUUGGUAGGACUAUUAUUUGGACCCGUCAAAGCUUGCUCAAUCGACAAACUCCAGCUUUGCAUACUGCUUUCGCGGCCAUGCUUGGAACGGAAAAUCUUCUAGUGAAUCAAGAUCGUUAUGUAAUGUUUCGACCUACUAGAGAACAUCCAGCUCGUUCGACAACGACCAAUUUACAUUUGGAUAUGAAUCCAUGGGCUCAUAUUGAAUAUGAGGAUAACUCGCGACAACUGGAAAUUCUCAGUAAGCUAGGUUAUGAUUCUGAUGAUGACUGGAUCACAGAAAACAAUGAACCUGGUUGCGCCAGAGUCGGCGAACUGCAUGUACAAGGUGUGGUCAAUCUUGCAGAUAAUCUUGAAGAAGAUGGUGGAUUCUGGCUAGUUCCUGGCUUUCAUAAGUACUUAGCACAAUGGGCUGCUGAUCGCAAAGACUUGAGCAAUAUUUAUGGACGCUUCAGUCAAUUCAUUAUGAUAGACAGAGAUCACAUUCCAGAGUUGUAUGAUGCUGCUUGUCAUAUUUCUACUCGUGCUGGCUCAGCUAUUCUAUGGGAUCAACGUACAAUACAUGGAUCGCGAGCAAAUCGUAGUCUUCAUCCUCGUUACGCUCAAAUCUGCAAGAUGUUUCCCGAUGAUCAUCCAGCCAUGACACCAGAAAGAGCCGAAAAACGAAGCAGAGCAAUUUCGACAAGGCUCCACGCCGCUGACAUCAAUCCAGAGACUGAUCUAACGCCUUUAGGAAGAAAACUCUUCGGACUUACCACUUAA